GGUUGAUGUUCUGAAACAAGGAGAAAAAUUUGAACUUAUAUUCUACAACAAUCAAAGUGAUAAAAGAACUAUCCCACUCAACCGUCGACAUGUUUGCCACAGUCUCUUCUUUUUCUUGAGAGUACUUACUGCAUUAAUAACUAAUAUUUUGAAAUCUAGAUAUUGACAGUAACGAAAAAAUGAUUAAAGUAUGUUUUGUAGUUGAGAAACGAUUGAACUUUAUCACAGUUUUUUAAAACAUAAAUGUGAGCAAUUUAUCAGACGUGAAGAAUCUGUCAUCAUUCCAAUCAAGUGGUCGUCCAGUUUGUUAAAAAAAGAUCAGGACUAGUACCACAUCCAAGUGCUCGUCCAGUUUGUGAAAAUAUAGACAUUUCACCAUCAUCAGCCUUGAAGAAUCCGUCAUCAUUCCGCUCAAUUGUAUUAAACUUUGUCUUGAUGCCUUUAAAGUAUCUUAAGCAAAGAGUCAUACACUCCUUGGCAAUAUAACAUUCUGCCAUUGAGCCUUCUGGACAUUCCAUAUUACGAAUAAAUUUCUUUAAUUGAUAUAGCAUCCUCUCACUAGAAUACAUCCAUCUGUAUUGAGGAGGUCCAGAUAUUUUAGCCUCACUAGCCAAGUGCACAAGCAAAUGCACCAUCACAUCGAAAAAUGAAGGAGAGAAUAUUUUUUCUAACUUGCACAAAGUCAAAGCAAUAUGUGAUUCAACUUGCUCUAGCUCAUCAACCCUUAAUGUCUUCGCACAUAUACUUUUAAAGAACAAUGAAAACUCAACAACAGGCUCAUAAACAUAGCUACGAAGGUGCCCACGUAUUUCAAGAGGAAUAAGAUGUUUGUUGUAGAAGAACAUGGCAAUCAUGACUUUUUAACCCUGAAAUUUCAUGAUCCUUCAUGUUCACAGAUUGAGAUAUAUUAGAAGAAAAUCGAUCUCGAACUCUCAAUUGCUUUAGAAAUAAGAAAAGUAAGUGUUUCUCUUUCUUAGACAGUGUGUAAGAUGCUGCACGCAAAUCCAGUUUAUCUCCUUUGCGAAUGGGGUGCAACUCUGGUCUAAUUUUCAUAAUCUCCAAGUCAAGGCGUGAUUGAGCAUGGUCUUUUCUUUUACACCGGAUAUUCAUAAUCGUUCCAAGAACAUUUUCACAUGUAUUCUUCUCAAUGUGCAUCACGUCUAAAUUGUUCUGCAAUAAGAGAGUACUCCAAUACGGCAGCUUAAAAAAGACACUUUUCUUGUUCCAAUUAUCACCUCAUUUCUUUUGUGAAAUUUUCACCUUUUGCUACUAUCUUUUGUUAGAGGUAUUCCUGCAAGGUCAUUCACCUGUAAGUGUACCUCAGUUCCUGAAAGUGAAGGUGACAUUGGCUGUGAUCUUAUCUCUUUUGUCCCAUCAAAUGAUCUUUUAUCAUUCCUCCAUUUGUGGUUUUUCGGAAGAAAACACUGGUGACACAUAUAACAUUGGUUCUUGCAAAUAGUUAAUUGCAUAGAACAAGAACUCUUAUUGCAAUAUGGGAAUGCCAUUUUACCCAUUGUGCUCCAGCCAGAUAGGUUUUCGUAUGCACGGAAGUCAUUAAUAGUCCACAACAAUGAUGCAUGUAACUUGAAGUUCUGAUGGCUUGAUGCAUCAAAAGUGUCUACACCUACUUCCCACAACCCCUUCAAUUCUUCUAUUAAGGGACUGAGAUAGACGUCGAUUGCAUCUCAUGGGCCAUCAGGACCAGGUAUGAGCAUGGAAAGAAUAAAAUUAGAUUCUUUCACACACAUCCAAGGAGGCAGAUUGUAAGGAAUGAGUAUUACUGGCCAAAUGCUAUAUGGUGUUUUUGAAUGAUUAAAUGGUUGGAAACGGUCACUUGCCAAAUAUGGGGUUUAUUACAUGCUCGAGUUUGGAUUCUGAUGAUGUUUGGGGUUUGUUUCCGUCUUUUCUGGCUACUGUCAAAAUGCCGUCUUUCUGCUUCUCACCUAUGCCGUUGGGGGUCGCCGGGGCUCGACGGGGGUGGGGGUUGAAAACGGAUUACGGGAUGGCAGCUUCUUCACUCCGCCUUGGGUUUGGGUUCCUCCAAUUUUCUGGCCACCGGACCGUCUGGUGGUUGCCGGAAUCAGAUGGGGUGGUUGGGGCGGGUGAAAGGGGAGGGUUGGGCUUGGUGAGCGGGCUUGACUCUGGAGUGCGGCGCUGACCAGUAGCGAUGCUAGGCUUUGGGAAUAUGGGCUGACCCGAGAACCUUCAAAACCCUAGCCCGCUAGGUGUGCUGGAGAGCUUAGUUCGGUCCGUAGCUGAUGUGCUUCGGUUUCGGGCUGGAUUGCUGGGCAUUUCUUCCGACUUUAGUUUCUGGGCCGCGGAUCCUGAAGGUUAUUUGCUGAUGCUGAAGGGAUUUAUGGGCCUUCACUGGUCCAGCAACCUGCAAGCUGGGUUUAAUUGUUUUGCUGGACUUUCUGCAGGGAUGGGCCUUAAUUGGCCCGGAACUGGUUGGUGACUUUUUGAUGCGUGUCGGGGCUUGUCCUAUGCCGCUUUGGUGAUGUUCCAUUAAACUCUCUCCCCCGCCCACCUCCUCACGGGGUGGGGUGGGAGUUAUAAUGGUUAGAUACUAUUUUAGUUAGAUUAGCUAGUUUUUAUAGUUUUGAUACAUUGUAUAAUGUUAUUUUUGGAUGUUUUUAAUAUAAUUACCUUUCAUAAAAAAAUGGAAAUCUUUGGGUAUCAAUAAAAUCAGCAAUUGGAUGGC